AUGGCUCCUCGGUUUUGGACUGCGCUUUGGGCGCUAACUUUCGGUCAUGCUGCUCUCUCUGCGCCGCAGAUCGCCUUGGCGGACUUUGCCUUGGCACCUCGUGCGACGGGCAGUUUGGAUACUUGGCUGGCGUCAGAGACUGCAGUCGCCAGGCAGGGGAUCCUGAACAACAUCGGCUCGGCUGGCGCGUACUCUGCGAGCGCAAAGCCGGGAAUUUUGAUCGCAAGUCCGAGUACUUCGAGCCCGGAUUAUUACUAUACCUGGACUCGGGAUUCGGCUCUGGUGUUCAAAUCCCUGGUGGACAUGUUCAAGAACGGUGACACUGCUCUUCUCACCGUGAUUGAAGAAUACAUUAGCUCGCAGGCAUACAUUCAAACCGUCUCCAACCCCUCCGGGGGUCUCUCGAGCGGUGGUCUGGGAGAGCCAAAGUUCAACGUUGACGAGACGGCGUUCACUGGCUCCUGGGGUCGGCCCCAGCGAGAUGGCCCGGCUCUUCGCGCCACCGCUCUGAUCUCAUUUGGACAAUGGCUUAUUGAUAACGAUUAUACUACCUAUGCAACCAAUAUUGUCUGGCCCAUUGUACGAAAUGAUCUCUCAUACGUCGCACAGUACUGGAAUCAAACCGGUUAUGACCUCUGGGAAGAGGUAUCCGGCUCCUCCUUCUUCACUAUCGCCGCCCAGCACCGUGCCUUGGUUGAAGGCAGUACUUUCGCAAGCCAAGUUGGGGCAUCAUGCUCUUACUGCGAUUCACAGGCGCCCCAAGUGCUCUGUUUCCUGCAGUCAUUCUGGACAGGCUCUUAUAUCCUUGCCAACUUUGGCGGCGGCCGCUCCGGAAAAGACGCCAACACCCUCCUAGGAAGUAUCCACACCUUUGACCCCGAGGCAGGCUGUGAUGACACAACCUUCCAGCCCUGCUCUGCUCGAGCCCUGGCAAAUCACAAGGCAGUGACCGAUUCUUUCCGGUCGGUAUACACGAUCAAUUCCGGAAUCGCCGCUGGAAAGGCUGUAUCGGUGGGCCGCUACUCAGAGGACUCUUACUACAACGGUAAUCCCUGGUAUCUGUGCACCCUGGCUGCGGCAGAGCAGCUAUAUGACGCUAUUUACACAUGGAACCGCAUCGGGUCUUUGACCAUUACCUCCGUGUCUUUGAGCUUCUUCAAGGACUUGUACGGCUCCGCAGCUACAGGGACAUAUUCUUCGUCCAGUGCCACAUACUCUUCGAUUGUCAGCGCAGUGAAGACUUAUGCCGAUGGAUAUGUUAGCAUUGUGGAAAAUUAUGCUCUGAGCAAUGGCUCCAUGUCCGAGCAAUUCUCCAAGUCAGACGGAUCUCAGCUCUCAGCGCGCGACUUGACUUGGUCGUACGCUGCUUUGCUGACCGCCAACGAGCGCCGCAAUGCCGUCGUGCCUGCACCCUGGGGCGAAACUGCUGCUAGCAGCGUCCCUGCGCAGUGCAGCUCUACUUCUGCGAUUGGCACCUUCAGCACAGCGACCAACACGGCUUGGCCAUCGACCCUGACCAGCGGGGGGAGGCAGUGGGACUACCACGACCGGAACCGGGACAACUACCAAGGCCACCACCACAACCUCAACCAAGACGACAUCCACAACCACUUCAUGUGUGACUCCCACUGCGGUGGCGAGAACAUCAAGCUUGUUGGCUCGAUCUCCCAGCUCGCUUCGUGGGAUACCAGCAGUGCGAUUGCUCUCAGUGCUUCCUCUUAUACUUCGAGCAAUCAUCUCUGGUAUGCGACCGUGACACUUCCUGCUGGGUCUACUUUCACCUACAAGUACAUUCGUGUCGCGAGUGAUGGCUCAAUUACGUGGGAAAUCGAUCCAAACCUGUCAUACACCGUGCCCAAAACAUGUGGUACUUCCGCAGUCACAAUCAGUGAUACGUGGAGGUAA